AGGAUGCCGGCGCUCAUCUUCCGCCGCCGGGCGGCCGCCGCAGCUCCAAAGCCGAUACAACAGUACCUCGCUGGUCUAUCCACCGCAGUGGAGCACGUUAUUCCAGAAGAUAACGGUCACAUUGCCGGUGGGGAGGAGAACAAGAAGCGGUGGGUGGAGCUUCCUCCCUUCGCACCACUCGACGCCAACGCCACCGCUCGAGCUAUCUCUCGGGGAGAUGGUGGGGAAGGAGCAUGCUCCAAUGCCACGGCUAUCAGGUGGGUCCGACACUGCUGCCCACACGUACCAGCGUCGCUGGUCCAGAAGCUGUUCCGCCUCCGCAAGGUGAAGAAGAAUCUGGUGACUGCUGAUACCUCUUCAACAGACAGUAUUACUCUGCAACUCCGGUUGAGAAGGGUUUCAGCAAAAGAUGAACUUGUGCCUGGUGAUAUUCUCUUUCUACCUGUUAACAUUCAAGAAUCUUCUGUUACCGAGAAGACCAAGAAAUUUGGUAACAAGAAUGAGAUUGAUUUUCUACGUGACCUUGAAAUCUACAAGGAUAGAGCCAUCAUUGUGCUCAACAAACCACCUGGAAUGCCAGUACAAGGUGGUGUUGGCAUAAAGAAUAGCAUUGAUAUACUGGCCCCGAUGUUUGAGAACGGUUCUUCUGAAGUACCUCGACUGGUCCACAGGCUUGAUAGGGAUUGCAGUGGCGUCCUUGUUCUGGGAAGAACUCAAUUUAGCGCUUCCCUUAUGCAUGCUAUAUUUCGUGAGAAAACUGCUGAUGCUUUAGGUGAUGGUACUCAACAAGUACUGCAAAGAAAAUAUGUUGCACUUGUUAUUGGAAGACCUAGGCAUCCCAAGGGUUUAUUGUCAGCACCACUUGCGAAGGUUGUAUUACAAGAUGGCAGGUCAGAGCGUCUGACUGUUUGCGCUGGUUCAAAUACUGCUUCUGUUCAAGAUGCUUUGACAGAGUACCGUGUGAUUGAGUCUUUUCCUCAAGGGUACACUUGGUUAGAACUAUUCCCUCGAACUGGAAGGAAGCAUCAGCUCCGAGUCCAUUGUGCGGAGGUUCUGGGAACACCCAUCGUUGGGGAUUACAAGUAUGGACGCCAAGCACACCAGAACUGGAUGCCUCUCCCCAUGCCACAAACAAUCGACAAGGAAAUGCUGAAGAAGAGGAAGCUUCCCUUUGGUCUUACUUUGGGCGGUGGAAGCGUAGCUGAGCAGCAGCCUCAGCUGCAUCUACACUGCAAGCAGAUGAUCCUUCCUGACAUCUCAGCAGCUAUGCAACAGCUGCGGUCUUCAGAUGCUGACCACGAUUUCUCUGAUCUGGAGAAGCUGAGCUUUGUCGCGCCAUUGCCAUUGCACAUGCAGUUAAGCUGGAAGAUUUUGUUGUCCGUAGGCAAGUAGUGUUGUCAUUUCUUCUUUAGGCAUGCUUGCUUGCUGUGCUGUAAUAACUUUAUAACUGCGAGGUUUGCGUUAAGACGUCGUAGAAAGCUUAAUUUGGGCUGUUGGAGCAGCGGACCUCUAAUGAGGUGAAAGAUGACAUCACACUCAGAAACGAUGUUGAUAAAUAGGUUAUUGUUUUUUCUUUUC